GACAGACGGACUGACAGAGGGACAGACGGAGGGCCUGGCGGGCGCACGUCCAGGCCAUGCCCGGGGAGGCCGCCCGCGCCGAGCUGCCGCUGCCCGAGGCCGGCGCGCCCGGGCCGCGAACAGAUCUCUCCUAUGAUGCAGCUUCUGCUACCAUCCUGAAAGUGGGCCAACAGGAGCCCCGUGUGCUGACCCCAGGGCCCAACCCCCUGGCCCUCACGUUCCUGUCCAGCAAGCCGGGUGCCCGGCCCCAGCCUGAGGGGGCCAGUUGGGAUGCAGGACCCGGUGGGGCCCCCUCAGCAUGGGCGGACCCUGCAGAAGGGAGCCCAAACCCAGCACUUCUCCCAGAGGGCCUGCCUCUCCAGGCUCUAUCUGAGGAGGGUCGGCCCACCGAGGCCCUGCCCACGGAGGUCCCUCUGCCCGCCACCUUGGAGCCUCGGAUUGUGAUGGGCGAGGAGACGUGCAAGGCCCCCCCAUCACCCAGGGUGGCCUGGCCAGUGCUCAGGGACUGGGAUGGUGGGCACGCCAACCUGCACCCACCCCCCGAGCUGUGUUCUCAGGGUGAUCCUCCUGUGCCUUCCCCUCCCCCAGACCCUGAUUCCUACUUCACACCUCCCUCCACCCCUAUCAGGACCACCUACGUCCUGCUCCCCUGCCAUGGGCCCCAUAGGGACACCUGGGACCCAGAGGCUGAGUUGCUGGAUGAGCUGCUGGACUCAGUGCCCACCUCACCCUCGGGCUCCUAUGUCACAGCCGAUGGAGACAGCUGGACCUCUUCACCGUCCUGUUCCCUCAGCCUGUUGGCCCCAACUGAAGGGCUGGACUUCCCCUCGGGCUUGGGCCUUUCCCCACCAGAGUCCUUGGCGGAUGAGCAAGAGCUGCCGUCCUCUGAGUGCAGCCCCUCAGCAGGCAGUGGCUCUUCCUGGGGCCAGGAGGGCCACUUCUUUGACCUGGAUUUCCUGGCAAAUGACCCCAUGAUCCCCGCAGCCCUCCUACCCUUCCAGGGUAGCCUCAUCUUCCAGGUGGAAUCUGUGGAGGUGACACCACUGUCCCCAGAACAGGAGGAGGAGGAGGAGGAAGAGGUGGUGGCUGAUGCUCCAACCCCAGGAGGGGACCUGGCCGGGGAGGGUGAGGAAGAUAGCACAUCUGCGUCCUUCCUGCAGUCACUGUCUGACCUGUCCAUCAUUGAGGGCAUGGAUGAGACUUUUGCCUUCCGGGAUGACACCUCAGCCACCUCCUCUGAUUCAGACUCGGCUUCCUAUGCAGGGGCAGAUGACGAUAGGCUGUACAGUGGGGAGCUCCAUGCCCAGCCCAGCACCCUGCUGCAGGACACUGCCCAGAAGGCAGAGCAAGAGCACAGAGGCAGGGCCACCUUCUGGGGCCCAGAAGACUUGGGGACAGUGACCACCCUGCAGGUCUCAGAGGGAGGGGCCCAUCCCACCCACAGUAAGGAAUCUGCUGCAGAAAAGACAGAAGGCAGAUUUGCUUUAGGCCAGGAGUCCGAGGCUGCUGUGAUCCCUUGCAAUAUGCAAGCAGCCCAAGGCCUCCAGGUGGAGGUGGCUACCAGACUGACUCCUGAGACUGAGGACAAAGAAGUUGGCUCCACCACAACAGGAGCACCUGCCACCAGUCUGCCUCAGCCCUCCCAGGAGGGGAUGAGCGCUGCCUUCAGCCUGGAGUCCAUUGCUACAGACUCACUCUCAGCUCUGGAGGGAAAAGAAGGUCCCACCUUGUGUGUAGACCUUCCUGAGAACUCGAAGGAAGGAGGCCUGGGGUUCCCCUCAGAAAUGGAGCCUGUGACCAUGGCUACACCUGGGCCCCAGCAGGCUGAAGGGGGUACUGUGUUACCUCCUGAUGCAGCACCCCCACCCCUGCAAGACACAGAUCCCACCUCAGGCCCAGAGUCCAUGGCUGUGGCCACACCGGGACCCCAGCAGGCUGAAGCAGAUGUCACAUUGUCCGAAGACCCUCCCGUGGCAGCACUUCCACUCCUGGAAGACACAGAUGGCACCUCAGGCCCAGAGACCAUGGCUGUGGCCACACCGGGACCCCAGCAGGCUGAAGCAGAUGUCACAUUGUCCGAAGACCCUCCCGUGGCAGCACUUCCACUCCUGGAAGACACAGAUGGCACCUCAGGCCCAGAGACCAUGGCUGUGGCCACACCGGGACCCCAGCAGGCUGAAGCAGAUGUCACAUUGUCCGACGACCCUCCUGUGGCAGCACAUCCACCUCUGGAAGACACAGAUGGUAUCUCAGGCCCAGAGGCCAUGGCUGUGGCCACACCAGUACUCCAGCAGGCUGAAGCAGAUGUCACAUUGUCUGAGGACCCUCCUGUGGAAGCACUUCCACUCCUGGAAGACACAGAUGGCACCUCAGGCCCAGAGGCCACGGCUGUGGCCACACCGGGACCCCAGCAGGCUGAAGCAGAUGUCACAUUGUCCGAGGACCCUCCUGUGGCAGCACUUCCACUCCUGGAAGACACAGAUGGCACUUCAGGCCCAGAGGCCAUGGCUGUGGCCACAGCGGGACCCCAGCAGGCUGAAGCAGAUGUCACAUUGUCCGAGGACCCUCCUGUGGCAGCACUUCCACUCCUGGAAGACACAGAUGGCACCUCAGGCCCAGAGGCCACGGCUGUGGCCACACCGGGACCCCAGCAGGCUGAAGCAGAUGUCACAUUGUCUGAGGACCCUCCUGUGGAAGCACUUCCACUCCUGGAAGACACAGAUGGCACUUCAGGCCCAGAGGCCAUGGCUGUGGCCACACCGGGACCCCAGCAGGCUGAAGCAAUUGUCACAUUGUCCGAGGACCCUCCUGUGGAAGCACUUCCACUCCUGAAAGACACAGAUGGCACCUCAGGCCCAGAGGCCAUGGCUGUGGCCACACCGGGACCCCAGCAGGCUGAAGCAGAUGUCACAUUGUCUGAGGACCCUCCUGUGGCAGCUCUUCCACUCCUGGAAGACACAGAUGGCACCUCAGGCCCAGAGGCCAUGGCUGUGGCCACACCGGGACCCCAGCAGGCUGAAGCAGAUGUCACAUUGUCCGAGGACCCUCCUGUAGCAGCUCUUCUACUCCUGGAAGACACAGAUGGCACCUCAGACCCAGAGACCAUGGCUGUGGCCACACCGGGACCCCAGCAGGCUGAAGCAGAUGUCACAUUGUCCGAGGACCCUCCUGUGGAAGCACUUCCACUCCUGGAAGACACAGAUGGCACCUCAGGCCCAGAGGCCAUGGCUGUGGCCACACUGGGACCCCAGCAGGCUGAAGCAGAUGUCACAUUGUCCGACGACCCUCCUGUGGCACCACAUCCACUUCUGGAAGACACAGAUGGCACCUCAGGCCCAGAGGCCAUGGCUGUGGCCACACCGGGACCCCAGCAGGCUGAAGCAGAUGUCACAUUGUCCGAGGACCCUCCUGUAGCAGCUCUUCUACUCCUGGAAGACACAGAUGGCACCUCAGGCCCAGAGGCCAUGGCUGUGGCCACACCGGGACCCCAGCAGGCUGAAGCAGAUGUCACAUUGUCCGAGGACCCUCCUGUGGCAGCACUUCCACUCCUGGAAGACACAGAUGGCACCUCAGGCCCAGAGGCCAUGGCUGUGGCCACACCGGGACCCCAGCAGGCUGAAGCAGAUGUCACAUUGUCCAAGGACCCUCCUGUGGCAGCACAUCCACCCCUGGAAGACACAGAUGGCACCUCAGGCCCAGAGCCCAUGGCUGUGGCCGCAACAGGACCCCAGCAGGCUGAAGCAAUUGUCACAUUGUCCGAGGACCCUCCCGUGGCAGUACCCCCACCCUUGCAAGACACAGAUGGCACCUCAGGCCCAGAGCCCAUGACUCCAGAUACUACGCACGACCUGCAGGCGGAAGUAGGCUGCACCCCAGGCACUAAUCCCAGGGCUUCUGUGGCCCAGCAGGAGUUAGGUGUGGUCUUAGGACCAAGACCAGUCUCUGAGAAGCAGAAUGCAGCACCCUCUGAAGAUACACAGCCUUUAGCCUUGAACCAGGCACAACCAAAUGGCCCAGAGCUGGCUACAGAAGCUGGGACUCUUUGGGUGUCAGGAGAAGAGGCAGGUCCCACCUUGGGCAGGAAGACCCCCAAGGCCCCUGAGCCUGCCUCUGGCACUGGGGAGGAAGUACCUGAAGGCCUGUCUGCACCUGAGCAGAAAGCAAGUCUUGAAGCCCACAAUGGGGCUGAGACCCACUUGCCUCCAAAGGAAGCUCUGGGCGUUAAGAACCAGGGAGUUAGAGGCCGAAAGCCACCAGUGCAGGGACAUGGACCCAAGUCAGAGCUCCAAGGUACAGAGAAGGCUCCCAAGGCACCUUCUGCUGCCUCCCUGGAGGUUGACCAGGCACGGAGCCUGAACAGUAAGGUUACCCAGGGAUCCAGGCUUCCCAUAGCUGGAGCCACAGAGGCCAGACUGGACUCCUGCCCAAGGGCUCCAGCACAGGUGGCAUGCCAGCUGGACACGGACUGCCCUGAAGAGCCUGCCCUGCCUGUACCACCCUCCCAGCAGCGGGAGCCUGUGCUGGGCCUGGGCAGUGGACAACAACCUCAGACGACCCCCAGUGUGCUCAGCCCCACCUCACCACGGCCCCCAGAAAACCCUACCAGGGGCCUGCCCAGUGCACCCCAGAAUAGGCUUCUGGACCCUGACCAGUCUGUUCCUGGGGUCCUUGCCAGGGCAGCCCCACCACCCCUGACAUCUCCUGCCCCUUGCCUGUGCCUGAGCUCCCAGGAAAACUCCAUGGAGAACAAGGAGUCCCCAGCCUCUGGGGUCCACCUGCCGCCUCGGGCAGGAGCCCAGCAGGCUGCUGGUUCCACCGCUGCCUCAGGAACCACAAAGCCCCUAGGAGCCCGGCAGCGGGUCAGCCUCUCGCCCCACUCCCCCCUCAGCCCUAAGGUGGUCCCUAAGGAUGCCAAAGACCUGGUCAAAGAUCUGGCCUCCCGGAUCUCGAGCUCCUCUCAAGUGCCUCCUCCCUCAGGGACCCGGAGCCCAUCUGGCUCAAGGAGGCUCCCAACCUCCGAGCAGCAAGAGGACGAAGACAGCCUAGAGGAAGACUCACUGCGAGCCACAGGCUCAGGCCAGCACUCGGACAGCCAUGGGGAGUCAUCGGCAGAACUUGAUGAGCAGGACAUCUCAGCACCUCAGAAAGAGCAGAGCCCAGCCCAGGCCCCCACAGGUAGCAGCGAGGAGGCCAUGGCCAAAGCCAAGCAGAGUCGCAGUGAGAAGAAGGCACGAAAGGCAAUGUCAAAGCUGGGCCUGCGGCAGAUCCAGGGAGUCACCAGGAUCACCAUUCAGAAAUCCAAGAACAUACUGUUUGUCAUCGCCAAGCCAGAUGUCUUCAAGAGCCCUGCCUCCGACACCUAUGUGGUCUUUGGCGAGGCUAAGAUAGAGGACCUAUCGCAGCAAGUUCACAAGGCUGCUGCAGAAAAGUUCAAGGUGCCCUCAGAGUCCUCGGCCCUGGUCCCCGAGUCAGCACCCAGGCCCCGGGUGAGGCCAGAGUGCGAGGAGGAGGAGGAGGAGGAGGAAGACGAGGAGGAGGUGAGGCUAGGAGGCUCCAGACCUUGCUUAGGGGGUUGCAGGGUUCCACCCCAGGGGCCUCAAACAGCUCCAGACACCUCCCUGCUCCCCAACCAGGUGGAUGAGGCUGGACUGGAGCUGCGUGACAUUGAGCUGGUGAUGGCCCAGGCCAACGUGUCCAGGGCCAAGGCUGUGCGGGCCUUAAGGGACAACCACAGUGACAUUGUCAACGCCAUUAUGGAACUGACAAUGUAGCUGCUGACCGGAAGCUGGCCCAUCUUGUCCUUUGCCCCAGCUGUGCUGCCCAAUAAACCGGUGUCCCACCAUCACCCUCUGGCAUCCCCUCAUCUCUCUCCAGUGUUACUCUCUGGCGUCCCCUCACUAGUCCCUGGCGUCCCCUCAGGCCCAGCUAAGGCUGAGAGUGGCCGUCUAUUCCAUGUCCUUGCUCUGUUGGCAGAGACCAGCGACCCUCAGUGCCGGCCAUGUCUAGGAUGGGCACCCCAGAUCCCUUAACUCCACUAGCGUGCCCUACAAGGUUGUGCUCAGUGGGUGCAUGGGAGCACUGAGACCCACUUAGGCACAGCAUGAGCUGAGGUAAGGGGACAGGAGCUGAGGGGACGGUGUGUGGCUUGUCUUCAGCCCUUCAUCAGGACACAGUCAUUUACAUAUAAAUCUAGAGACAGUGUCUCGGCUUUACCUGGCCUGAGGUUCCAUGACCAGCUCCCGGACAGUCCACGAUGGAAAAAUUCUCCCCGUAAAGCACUGCCCAGGGCUGUCCUACAGCUAUGACACCAGGUAGACCUGCUCAGGAAGGCACCUGUGAGACCCUCCAUACCCUGUGGCUUGUCCUGGCCAGACACAACUGGGGUGCCCGUAGAGUCCCAGCUGAACAGAGCACCCAUGCCUGACAUGCAAGUUUCCUUGUACAGGGGUAACAGGCCCCAGCAAGGAUAGGAGCGGGUGUGAUUGGGCUCUUCAGCCCAGCUUUCUGAAUGUGCCCUAGCAAGC